CCCCCUCUGGUGACAGAAAGUCGGCCCAGCAGAUGAGGAAGUGGCCGGCAGGCUGGCCUUGGGGACUUCACUCUGGUCCGGUUCCCUCUGAGCCCUCCGUGUUGCCCGCCUGGUCCCCACUGAAUCCUUAGCCAGGAUGGAGGCUGUUGUGAACUUGUAUCAGGAGAUGAUGAAGCAUGCAGAUCCUCGAAUCCAGAACUAUCCUCUGAUGGGAUCUCCCCUGCUAAUGACCUCCAUCCUCCUGACCUAUGUGUACUUCGUCCUCUCACUUGGGCCUCGAAUUAUGGCCAAUCGGAAGCCCUUCCAACUCCGAAACUUCAUGAUUGUCUAUAACUUCUCAUUGGUGGCACUCUCCCUCUACAUUGUCUAUGAGUUCCUAAUGUCUGGUUGGCUGAGUACAUACACCUGGCGUUGUGACCCUGUGGACUACUCUAAUAGCCCUCAGGCACUUCGGAUGGUUCGAGUGGCUUGGCUCUUUCUCUUCUCCAAGUUCAUUGAGCUGAUGGACACAGUGAUCUUCAUUCUCCGGAAGAAAGACGGGCAGGUGACCUUCCUACAUGUCUUCCAUCACUCAGUGCUUCCCUGGAGUUGGUGGUGGGGCAUAAAGAUUGCUCCAGGAGGAAUGGGUUCUUUCCAUGCCAUGAUAAAUUCUUCUGUGCAUGUUAUAAUGUACCUGUACUAUGGAUUGUCUGCUCUUGGACCUGUGGCCCAGCCCUACCUUUGGUGGAAAAAGCACAUGACAGCCAUUCAGCUGAUCCAGUUUGUCCUGGUCUCUCUGCACAUCUCCCAGUACUACUUCAUGCCCAGCUGCAACUACCAGUACCCAGUCAUUAUCCACCUUAUCUGGAUGUAUGGCACCAUCUUCUUUGUGCUGUUUUCCAAUUUCUGGUAUCACUCUUACACCAAGGGCAAGCGGCUGCCUCGUGUGCUUCAGCAGAAUGGAACUCCAAAUGGUGACAAGGUCAAGGCCAACUGAGAAGCAAGGCCUGGAUAGGUGCCCACCGAAGUGCCUCAGGACUGCACCUUGGGCAGCAUCCAUCAGUGUCCUCCCCACUUCUGUGACCAGGGCACAUGUGGUGAGGACUGAGCAGGGGAUUGGUCCUUCCCGUCCCACAGCUGGGUCUACAGGGACCACCAUUUCCGUUCCUCACCCACUCUUCCCGGCCAGCUCCAAAGGAUGUGGCCUCAAUGCCCUCUGCCACCAGAGCUAGGGGCGGAAAGGGCUGGACACUUCACCCUCCCUGCCUUAAACUUGGGAGAGGAACACUCAGGGCUGGCCCUCAAUAGGGCUGGUGGCCUUUUUCCUCAUACUGAAGAGGUCAGCAAUAAACUCACUACGGACUCAAGCUCGCUCCUCCACCCCUUGCAGAAACAGAUGGUUCUGGGCCAAAGGACUAGGUGGGCUGGGGGCCUGGUAAUACAGCAUUUGGGGGCUGCUUGUUCACUUGUGUCUUAAUUAAAGUGACAGAGGAAACCA